AUGGCGUCUGUUUUACAACAUCUCAUACAUGGGUCGCUCCCAGACCACUGCGAACCGACAUCGCCCUUCCUGACCGCUAUCUCAUCACAUCUCCACAUCUGCCUCCCCACACCUCUCGCGCUGAUCUCCUCCGUUCUCGGAACCCUCAGUAUCGUUUCAUGGCUCUUUGCCCAGAUGCCGCAAAUAUUCAAGAACUACCAACUACAAUCAACAUCAGGAUUGUCAAUCUUUUUCUUGGUCAUUUGGUGUGCGGGUGACGCGAGUAAUCUAGUGGGUGCUCUAUUCACCCGGCAGGCAGGAUGGCAGGUCGUGGUGGCAAGCUACUAUGUCUGCGUGGAUGUCGCACUCGUGAUCCAGUUCUACUGGUACACUCACUACAAAGCCCGCCUGUGUGGGGGCUACAAUGACUUCUUUCACUCACACGACUCCGACGCUCGUGGCGAUAUCCUACAAGGCGUGGCUGUGCCCGCCGACACUGUGACCCACCGGACACCACCCGCCCCAGUCGACAUGACAAAGAAGGCCGAACUCAACGAUACCGGCGUUCAAACUGGAACCCCACUCAACUCAUCUGCUCCCGGAACUUCAUAUACGAACGAGAAGUUGAGCUCCUCGCGACGGACCGUCCGAAUGGGCAGCAGCGCAAGCAGCGCGCCCUUUGCUCUUCCCCGCACCAUGCUGAUCGCCACUCUCGUCUGCGCCGUCCUGGCCAAUGGCAGUCCCAUAGACCCCAAACCAUCACCUCACCCGCCCAUCUCUGACGCACCACGCGAAGCCAUAAUCGAGAUCAUUGGCCGCGUCGUCUCCUGGAUGUCUACGCUGCUGUAUCUCGGCUCGCGCCCGCCACAGCUCUACAAGAACUACCAGCGCAAGAGCACCGAGGGACUCUCUCCUUUGCUGUUCUUCGCUGCUUUCUGUGGAAACUUCUUCUACUCAUCUUCCCUGCUCACGAACCCCAACGCCUGGAGCGAUUUCGCGCCAUACGGAGGCGGCGGCUGGGCCGAUGCCCACGGGAAUGACCGCUGGGAGUGGAUCGGACGGUCUAUGCCGUUCUUCCUCGGUGCAUUCGGAGUUCUAGGGCUCGAUGGUUUCAUGGGCGUGCAGUUCCUCAUGUACGGAUCCAAUGAAGAAGAUGAUGGGAGUUUCAUUGGAGAGGACGAUGACUCGAAGCGCGGUCGCAGCAAGUGGAGGCGUGUGCAUGGCUGGAUGCGUGGCUGGAUUCCCUCGACAUCGCCUCCUCCUGCGACCUUCCUCGCUAUUCUACUUCAGGCCUUGUGA